AUGUCAUCAAAGAAAGAACUCACAACUGACCAGCGGUUCAGCCGAGUCAUGAAAGAUCCCAGAUUUUGGGAGAUGCCUGAAAAGGACAAGAAAAUAAAAAUCGACAAGCGCUUUCGAUCAAUGUUUCAUGACAAAAGGUUCAGUCUAAACUAUACAGUGGACAAACGAGGACGACCUAUUCACCACAAUACCACAGAGGACCUAAAGCGCUUCUAUGAUCUCUCAGAAUCGAGUGAUGAAGAAUCUUCUGAAAAUGAAGCUGGGACCAAGAAAGGGAAACAGAAGGCCAAGCUAAAACAGAAACCCAGUGCAGGACCCAGCAAGACAUCUGAAAAAGGCCAGAAAGAAAAGAAAAAAGUUAAGGCAAGCAAGGAGCCAGUUAACAGUACUGGCUGUACAAAAGUCAAAGAGAAUAAGUUAUAUGAAGCAAAAAACAAGGAAAAGCCUGAAUGUCUUGAGACCAAACAGAAAAUUGCAUCGGCUAAGAAACCUAUUAAAGGAAUGGAACAGGAGCAAUCUGAAGAAUCAGGACUUGAAAUUGAGAAUGACGAGGACAAGGAAAUUCCUUCUGCUGAGGAAGAUUCUGAAGUGAGUGGCAUUGAUGAGGAAGAUGAGGAGGAGAGUGAUGAAGAUUGUGAGGAGGAUGAAUCACAAGGUGAUGAGUCUGAAGAGGAGGAAGAGGAUGAUGCAAGCUCAGGGGAGGAAGAGGAUAGUGACAGUGGUCCAGAUCUGGCCCGAGGGAAAGGGAAUAUUGAAACAAGUUCUGAAGAUGAGGAGGAUGAUGAUGACGAUGAUAUGGCUGACGUUGCAAAUAAGGAUACAGAAAAUUGAACAUGAUUGGAGAGAAAUGGACAAAGAUGCUCCUCGGGGAGAUCAGAUAACCAAAAGGCUGGCUGUGUGCAAUAUGGACUGGGACAGACUGAAGGCUAAAGACUUACUUGCACUCUUUAACUCCUUUAAGCCGAAAGGAGGAAUUGUUUUCUCUGUAAAGAUUUAUCCCUCAGAGUUUGGAAAGGAAAGACUGACGAAAGAAGAACUUCACGGACCCUCGGAGUUGAAGAAUGUUUCAGAAGAUGUUGCAGAAGAUCAGGGAAUUUAUAAGGAGAAGUUGCGUGAAUAUCAAUUCAAGCGGCUGAAGUACUUCUAUGCCGUGGUAGAAUGCGACUCCCCAGAGACGGCCAAUAAAAUCUACGAGGAUUGUGAUGGCCUGGAGUUUGAAAGUAGCUGCUCUUUUGUGGAUCUCAGGUUUAUUCCCGAUGAGGCACAGUUUGAUGAUGAGCCCAAGGACUCCGCUGUAGAUGUGGACAUCUCUGCUUACAAACCGAAGUUAUUUACCUCUGCAGCCAAUGUAACAUCAAAGGUAGACCUGACUUGGGAUGAGACUGAUCAGGAAAGGGUUACGACUUUAAACAGACCGUUUAAAAAGAAUGAGAUCCUUGACAUGGAUUUUCAGGCAUAUUUAGCAUCUUCUAGUGAAGAAGAGGAUGAUGAACUCUCAGCAGAAAAUGUGGAGGUAGAAGAUGUGAAGUCUAAAAUAGGGCCAAAGGAUGAUGAAGACCAGAUUGCUCGUUACAGGGAGCUGCUUAAGGGCAUCCAGGAAAAGGAGAAGAAGCAGGAGGACAAGGAUGUGGAAAUGGAAGUAAAAUGGGUCCCAGGCCUCAAGGAAAGUGCUGAACAGAUGGUUAAAAACAAACUAGAGGGCAAUGAUAAGCUAACUCCAUGGGAAAAGUACCUGCAGAAACAUAAAGAGAAAAGGAAAAUGAAAAAGAAGAAAAAGGAGAGCAUAGAAGAAAAAGAUGAAGAAGAUGAGAUACCAUCUGAUGUUGAUUUCAGUGAUCCUUACUUUUCGGAGGAAUUGAAGAAACCAGGUAUGAAGAAGAAAUUUACAGCUGGAAAGAAUGAACAGGCAUCUUCUGAAGAUGAGAAAGAAAAAGAAAGGCAGAAAGCAGAGAUGGCGUUACUCAUGAUGGACGAUGUGGAGGAUGACCGAAAGCAUUUCAACUAUGAUAAGAUUGUGGAGCAGCAGAAUCUGAGCCGCAGCAAGAAGAAAAAGCUGAAGAAGAAGGAAGAAUUAGUGGAAGACAACUUCCAGAUUAAUGUUGAAGAUUCAAGAUUCCAAGCCAUGUACACAUCUCACCUAUACAACUUGGAUCCUUCAGAUCCCAACUUCAAGAAGACGAAGGCAAUAGAAAGAGUCUUAGAAGAAAAAGCUAGAAGAAGAGAGCAAGAGCAAAAAGACCACAUGGAGACAGUAAAGACACACUGGACAGGACUGGAAACUUUGCAGAAAACAGGAACAUCUGCUGUGAAAACAGACCCAUCUCUCGCUUUACUGUUGAAGUCUGUCAAGAGCAAAACCCAGCAAUUCCAGGCUUCAAAAAAGCAGAAAACAAAAUAG